ACGUAUUCGACAGAACAAUAUCAAAGACAAAGUAUUAAAUUAGGCUUGUUCGUGUUAUUCUCGAUCAGUCGAUGAUCUAGGAAACUUCAUGUUUGGCGCGGGCGCGAAAAUUGUUAACUUCAAACUAAAGAGGGCGCGCAAAAUGUGAGGUUCUUUAUUUGAGCUGAGCUGAGGAGCCGAGAUAUCGAUAUCGGAGUCUGAGAGCGACUAAAAGUAAAACAUCAUGAAAUUCUUAAUAUUUUCAGCCUUUUCCUUGUUGUUGGUGAUGAAAGGAAAUGCCCAGCAGCCUGAGCUUCAACCAUUAUUAAGUGAAACCACCCCAAUCAACAAUGGAGAUGAAGUCAUUCUAGAUUGCAAAGUAACCAAUGCCGGCAAUGAUGGCUUACUAGUCGAGUGGUACCACGACGGAAUCGUUAUCAGCUUUCAAAAAUCCCUUCUUCGUGAUGAAAAUUCGGCCUACACACUGGAAGUCGGCCCAGAUGAAGAUGAUUCUACGACGAUUCACUGGAUCAUCCGUAUUGCUAAUGUAAAUGUUCUACGCGAUGAAGGAGAAUGGACCUGCAAGUUUGAAGGUCCACCGGCCAAGGAAGUAUCAACGACACUUCUACAAAUUGGACCUCCAAGAAUUGACUAUGUCACACCGAACCUAAUGAACCCGCAGCCAAACAGCGAUGUGCGCCUGGAGUGCAGGGCCUUUGGGAGUCCGCUGCCCAGUGUGACGUGGUCCAGGACAUACCCGGCUGAGUACAUCCUGAUGAACGGAGCAAGGAAGGGUUUCGUCAGGAAUGUUUUCAACAGUACCAUUAGGCUUAACCCUCUUAGCAGUGACCACAGGGGAGAGUACAUGUGCUCUGUGACCAAUGGAUUCGGGGAAACGCUGACCAGAAAGACCUAUGUCCGACUGCCAUAUGCCCCAGAGGUCAGGGCGACUAUUCGGCACAUCCGUGUAACUCAGAACUCUGAAGCAGUCCUUGCCUGUAUCAGCCAGGCUUGGCCUUCUACAGGGAGAGAGAGUAAUGUACUAUGGACCUUGAACGGCACUGCAUUGGACGCGCAAGGUGGUAAUGUGAAUGUGGAUCGUCAUCCAGAUGGGUUCUACGAUGAGCGUUACUAUUCACGCUUGACGAUUCGGAAUGUUAACUACAACCACGUCGGAAUGUACGAAUGUAUCUUCACUAAUGAGCAGGGGGUGGGAUCAGCCUUUGUGUCUCUUGGAUUGGAGCCAGAGAUUGACCCAAAUUUUGGAGCUAAGAGUGAGCUGUAAAAACACCUUUAAAAAUGAAAUGGUCUUUCAUUCAUCUUUCCCAUGUAUCAGUACUGCUUCAGAAGGACAGGGCAUUUGUAAGCCAGGCAAUUUUUUUUUUUGGGGGGGGGGUUUGGCUACUUUUCACAACGUAAUUCCUAAAUCUCCAACAUUGGAUAAGCUUUAAUAUUGAGAUGAAUUGGGAUUUAAAGCACUAUUUUUUUAGUUUCCAGGGCUUUUUUUAGCAUUGCUGGGGCUAAGUCACCCCCAACCCCUGUCUCUGUUGUAAUCAUACAUGUAGUAUUGUACAACGCUUACUUACCAUGUUGUACGCGAGCAAAUGGGGGACUGAUAUGUCAGAUGUUCGUACCGUUGCACAAAAGACGUACCAUCCAAAAUGUAACGUUGCACGGCUUUAGGAGGUGACGUCACAAUACGAUUUAAUUCAUUCCGCUCAGUAAAAAAAUGAUGAAAUACGUGUAUAGCCUGCUGGCUAAAUGCGCAGUGCUGCCCGAGGUCAUUUGCGCUUGUGGGAUUUUGCUUUUUGUUUUAAUAUUUUUGCUCCCUUUUCAUAGAUUACUGCAGGGAAAAACUUGUUUUUUUUAAAUAUUUUUGCUAAACUCCAAGGCAUUUUAAAACACAAAUAGCGGAUAUUCUUAUUUGUGCAAUGGCGCGAUAUUUCACAUUCGGUGAAAGAAAGAAAUACUCUAUUCAACUGGGCUAACGCCUCGUUGAAUAGAGAUUCUGUCUUUCACCUCAUGCAAAAUCUUGCACCAUCGCACUCAUGCCUAUUCGUUAUUUGUUUAUCCAUCCACGAUCCACCAGGGGGGCAGCUGUACUAUAACCAAAGGAUGAAAUAAAAGUAAACAAUGAUGAUAAGAAGGCUGAAGUCACAAUUUUGUGUAAUAUAGGAAUAAUCAUGGUAAGUGCUGCAUUUAGGGCAAUAUAGUUGAGGGAAAUAUAUGUAUGUACAUGUAGAUACUGUCCCAUAUAUUGUAAACUGGUUAUAUCCAGUGAUAUCAUGGGGGGUAUGUGUACAAUUAUAUUUUUGUAGCUGAAAUACAUGUAAGAUUUCUGAAACCAAUUUUAUAUUGAAACAUACGUACAUGCAUUAUGUAAAAGUAUUCAGGGUUAUUUUAGGGAGUACUUGUAAUCGUAAGGUAUACUCAUAACUGUAAUUAAGAGUUAUGUUCUCUCAAUUUCUUUCAUUUUAUCAUGUCAUAUGUAGAAAUAAUUGAGAUAUCAAUACUCAGUACUUUUGCAAUUUUCUCCAUGCUUUGUAAAGGUGCAUCUAUUUAUGUUUUGUUUGUUUGUUUUUAUGCACACGAUAAGUCUGUUUGCUGUUUAUUGUUUGCUAUUACAGUGGGGAUAUUACUUUUUUGUUUAAUUCAAAAUGAAAUAGUAUUGUACAAUACUGUAAUUUUAUUUUGAUCACUUUUAGCCUGGAGGGUUUUCAGAGGUUGUGUGACACAUUGAUUGUUUCUCGUUUUUUUUUUUUUUUAUCAUCUCAUGUUGAAAUAAGGAGUAUUUUUCUGUUGUUUCUGCCCACCUCCCCUCUCUUUCAAGCUAUUUCUUUCCCCCCCCCCCCCACACAAACACUCUUAGACACUUCUUGGCCCGAAUUCACAAAGGUUGUUUUUUAAACCAUCGGUUGAACCCAUGGUUUAUGUAGAUUUCCUGUAUAAAUUAUGCUUAUUUACCGCGCAUAUAAAAAAUGUGUAAUGGUGAUGUGCGCUUUUGUCACAGUGCGCCAAAUUGAUGCCCGUUGCCAUGGUUAAGUACGCUAUUUUAUUCAUUAGUCCACUGUUUUGAAUUUCAUUUUCAUUGGGGGGGGGGGGCAUGUUGUUGAUUUCAGUUUGGUACUGGUUUAAUCUGUUGAACAAUUUUCCAAAUUGCAUUGCCAUGGUAGCAGCAUAGGGUGGGGUAUUAAUCACCUUCAUUUAUAUUUCUAGUUGGUUAUAUAAUCAAUGUGUACACUUAUAUCUUAAUGUAUUAGAAAGGCUGCACUUUUGUAUUCUUACUGUAAUAUACAUGUAUUGUAUUCUAGUCAAAACAUUGCCAAACUUGUAAUUUGUAUUCAAUUUUGUGAUAUUUACAUGAAAUCAAUCAAUGUAAUGUUUCAUAAAUACUUGAUUUUUACAUGGACUAUUAGCUGGAAUAAUGAAGUUGAUUCACGAUAAUUUAAAUUUCUUUAAUAUUUCAGUAUUCUGACUUUGUAUUUAUUAAUGGAAUGAAGCAUUAUUAAAAUUACAUUUAAAUACAGCAGUACUUAAUUUAGAGGAUCUAUUUAUGGGGAAAUAGUUCAAAAUAAGUUAACUAGAAAAGAGCACUUAAGAAAGUCUGAAAUCUUUUUUGAUUGUAUGUAUGUGUUUUGAACGUCAUGAUAAGUCUGAAAAGAGUAUGUCCCAAGUAUUAUGUGAAUUUGCGGCAGAGGUUUUUCUGAUUUCCCAUUUGACCUAUGAUAGAAUAUCUUUGUACCUGUUCAUGUAAUCAUUGACAGUCCUUGUAUUGGUGUGAUUUGGUGAAAUUAUUUCUGCCACUCUAUAUAUUCCAGACAAUGACCAACGAAUGUAGAGGGUGAAGCACUAAAGAAAGUCUGAAAUCUUUUUUGAUUGUAUGUAUGUGUUUUGAACGUCAUGAUAAGUCUGAAAAGAGUAUGUCCCAAGUAUUAUGCGAAUUUGCAGCAGAGUUUUUUUUUUUUUUUUUUCCCAAUUGAUCUAUAAUGGAAUAUCUUUCAAGCACUUUCCAGUGUCACUACAAUCGUUGGAAACAUUGACUUUGCUGGUCGGAUAUGCUUACUCUGUACAACAUGGGACACAAACGGACAAAAUAUAUUGGACUUUAUUGCUAAAUGAAUUCCUUAUAGAAAGGUAGCGUAAUGUUGUUUAUUUUGCCAGAGUUUUUGUAAUCAUGUUAACAGUUUUACUCAACGCUAACAGUGGGAUAUAAACAAGAGGUAUUGAAUUGAAUCUAUGAGACAAUGUAUUAUGAAUAUGUAUAACUUGAUUUAUACCAUUCUGUUUAAUUGAUUGUAGCAUCUUAUCUGUGUAUAUAUCUGGUGAAUCAAAAUCGCUUUUUAAUCUUGUCUAUUUUUUGUAAUCUAUUUGAACCUGAUUUUUCUAUGGAAAUAUUUCGUACUGCAGAUUGUAUUCAUGCGCGUGGUGGAAUUAUAAAGGGACGCAUUUUACUAAGA